UUUAUUAACUUUUAGAAACCAUUCAAGUGAUAUCACACUACAAUCAUUCUCAAUUGUGUAUUGCAUUGUGAAGUGGUUAAACGUUUUUUACCACAAUGAUUUUAAUGGACAUAUAUGACACUGUCAGCUGGUGGACUUUAGUGAUAGCUGUUCAAGUCGUUAUCGGAUCUGUAUAUUUUUUAUGGCAGAAAAAACCUAAAGAACCAGAGGACAAACUAACGAACCAGAAAUUACGGGAAUGGAAACCGUUACCUUUAGUUGAGCGUACAUUUGAAGUUGAAGAGCCGAUAUUAAUAGACAAUAUAGGCGACAAUGUGCUCAAUGUAGGCGCAACUAGUUUCUUAUGUCUGGACAAGGAGCCUUCAAUUGUGGAAAAUUCUAUUAAAUCUUUGCACAAGUAUGGUGUGGGAUCCUGUGGUCCUAGAGGAUUCUAUGGUACAAUAGAUGUUCAUUUAGAACUAGAAGAGAGACUGGCGAAGUUCCUGCAAGUUGAAGAGACUUGUGUUUACUCAUAUGGUUUCUCAACCGUUGCCAGUGCAAUACCUGCGUAUGCUAAAAAGGGGGAUAUCAUAUUUGCUGAUGAAAAAGUAUGGUUCGCGAUCCAGAAAGGUAUAGACGCUGCACGGAGUACCGUCAGAUAUUUCAAACAUAAUGACAUGAAUGACCUUGAAAGAUUGCUUGAAGAGGCAGCUGCGAAGAAGGAAUUAAAUCCUAAGAGGAGGGCAUUUUUAAUAGCCGAAGCCAUUUAUUUCAAUUCAGGCAAGAUGUGCCCACUGCGAAAACUUGUUGAACUGGCCCGGAGAUUCAAAUUAAGAAUCAUAUUGGACGAAAGUUUAACUAUCGGGGUAAUUGGUAAACAUGGACGAGGUUUGACGGAACACCUUAACGUGCCCCGAGAUGAAAUCGAUCUCAUCGUCGGCUCUCUGGAACAUUCCUUCGCGACUAUUGGCGGUUUCUGUGCUGGGACGCAUUUCAUUGUAGAGCAUCAAAGACUUUCAGGUUUAGGAUACUGCUUCAGCGCGUCUUUGCCACCGAUGUUGACUCAAGCGGCAAUUUCUGCACUUGAUAUCAUUGAAGAAAAACCAGCUAUUAUCAGUGAGCUGGAUGAAAACUCGAAGAAAUUGAACAAAGCCCUCGUGAACUUGAAGCAUUACACAUUCAGCGGCGAUGAACUGUCACCAGUCAAACACAUAUACCUCAAAAACUCCGAACUUCCUGACCGUCUCAAGAACUCGUACUUGAGAAACAUCACCAACUAUUGCCUUGAGAAUGGUGUCGCGAUGGCGGUCGCGACUUACUUGAGGGACACGGAAGUGAAUUGUCCAGAACCUUCUAUAAGGCUAGCGUCCACUAGAAAGUUGAACGAUACUAACAUCGCUCAGAUUUGCACGUUAUUGGAUGAGGCCUAUGAAAAAGUCGGACCUAAGUAAGAUGUAGAAGUCGUUUUAAAAUGAUUAUUAAAAUUUUACAUAAAACUAAAUCGGUUGAUUUUUAUGUUAUAUAUUAAUACAAAAUAGCCGAUAUUUUAUGUUAAAUAGUUUUACAUUAUUGUCAGUUUUUUAUUUAUUUUACAGCAUUUUAAUAUUUAAUGUAUAGCCUAUUUAAUUUUACUAGACAUUCCUAUUUGUAAGUAAUUUUACGAUGUAUUGCUUUAAAGCCGAUAAUUAUUAAUUUUAUAUUUUUAUAUGUGUAAGGGUAAAGUUUUAUUUUUUUAUAUGCAACCCUCUUAAUAGUACCGCACAUGCAGUAGGUUUUCGGUAUUAAAAACUCUUUAAAAUUAUGCACAAAAUGAUUGAAUAAUCUAUAGUCUAUUCCAAUCGAAGAAGUAAUAUAAACGAUCCUUCGAUUUACGUAUUCCAUGCGAUAAACUAAUAGCUCUAAAUAAUGCAAUAUAUCAUUUAAUAAAAAGUAAAAGUUCCGAUAACAACUUCGCUGACAAUAAUCAAAACCCCAUUUUUAUUUUCGCGAAUCAAUUCAUAUUUCAUUGAAGGUCAACUUGCCAAUGUUUUUUUAUGGGUCUUAACCUUAAGUCCUCUUGUGAUUGGAACAGGCUAUAUAAAAUACACCAAUGACAAUUAAAUAAAAAAAAUAAAAUUAUGUUUUUGUAAUGAUACUUCCAUUAAAAGGUUCAAUAGUGUUAUAGUGUAUAAGCAAUGAAUACAAAUAUGUAUUAAUUUUCAUUUAUUGCAUAUUAAUUCAUAUUUUCACCACACCGUAAUAAUGAUGUUAAUCAUUUAAAUAAACGAGUUUUCCAUUA